UAGUAUCAGCCCCGCCGGGGGCUCUAACUAAUUCAUCUGAUUAAAUGGCUACCUUUGUUCGCUGUCUUCCUUAUCGACCUUAGCCCAUUGUGCAGCUCUAGUGCGACGUAAAUUAACAACAACAACAAUCCUUUUCGACCCUGUCCUUUGCCCAGAGAAUGACGUCACAACUAUUACUAGAGAUAGUAGAAACAAUAUAUCGGAGGCUUCGGUACUGCGUGCUCAUAUCCAGGGGUUUCUAGAAUGUUCCAGAAUGUUUCAAUCUGCCCUAUAUAAACGGGAGCUCUACAUCAUUCUGCCUAUGCGUUUGGUGGUGUUCAGACGUGGCUUUGGCUCUACUUGUGGGUUCCUUUACGGGCUCAUAGUAAAAGGGUGUGAGUCUAUUGCUGCUUCAAAGUGCUAUUAAAUGUUUUUUUUUCCUUUUAAGCUGAGAGUAUAAUUUCAGAAUAUGCAGAGCUGUGAUAGUUAUGGAAUAGUAUAUAUUUCUGAAUUUAUAUAACGCGGAAACAACAAUAAAGAAUCAUCCGAAUUACUUGAAAUCUUGUGCUCAAGACAUUUGUCCAGAAAGUUCCAGACAUCUCUAGGGCACCCACUGCGCACAACACUUUGUUAUAAUAAGGCUCGCUUGCAAACGACAGUGUUCUUUCCAGCGAGACUUUAUGAUGUUGAUGGACGACAUUCUCGACUUUGAAUUGGAUGAAUCAUCUGUAGGACCAGAGAUGGAAAAUCCCGAUAGUCUUAUUAGGCUGCCAGAAGUACCAAACGUGCCGAUGGUGUCGGCAAAAGAUGCACGGAAUCGAUUAAAUUUGAUGAAGACUUCUCGUGUCGUGGAUUCUUCUCAGACGGUGAAAGAGGAUAUCCCUAUUAAAUGUGCACCUGAAAGACAGACUGUUUCAAGUGUGUCACCACCCAGUAGGGAUCCAAAAUCCAGACCGUUUCAUUUAAAACGUUAUGUACCUUAUGAACGAAAUGUGCACAUGCACGAGAAAUGCUUGGGUGUAUUGUGCAUACAAGAAAAUGGAUACAGUUUGACUAAUGGCGUCGAAACAAUAUCUUGGGAUGGUGAAGUGGAAGUGGAUCCCCAGCAACUGUUGAAAGAUGUAAUUUUUUCCAAAGUGGGAUAUAUGUUGACGGCCGAUGAGGACACCUACAAGACUUGGAAGUCUAUCGUCGCAAAGCUGGACAGCAUACACCCUAUAAAGUAUUUAAAUGUCAUGAAACUUAAUGUAAAAGAGCCUUUAGGGAUAUGUUUAUUUUGUACAAAACAGUGCCAUCGAUUUAAAGUUGUGACGGGUGGCUUUUGUCAAAUUUCACAUGUGCCUUUAGAUAUAGUUCCACAUUAAUUUGUAUUUUAUAUAUGUACUAGCUGACCCGGCAAACGAUGUUUUGCCAUAUGAAUUAUUUCUAGAGUAUGAAAAUAUAUCUUAUAUUACAUAAAAAAAGGCUAAUACGUAUGUAUGCAUCAA